GCCGCUCGGCUCGCGCGCUUCCCUCCGAGGUGCUGCGCUCCGGAGGGAGGACUUUCUGUUUCCUCCUCUUUCUUCUUUGUUGCUCCGAAAACCGGUCUUGCAAAGCCCCACACUUCGGAGGGAGUUCCACUUCCCGGAGAGGUCGCUGCCUCGGAGCGCACCGACUCCUGGGGACGACUGGAGAGCCGGCGGCGCGCCCCCGCCUGCCUUCCCCGCCGCCUUCGCUCGUUGGUCCGGGAAGCCAACCAAGUUCAACAAUGCACCCGUUCCAGUGGUGUAACGGGUGUUCCUGUGGGCUGGGACUGGUUAGCACCAACAAGACUUGCUCGUUGCCACCCGUCAGCUUCCAAGACCUUCCCCUCAACAUCUACAUCGUCAUCUUCGGAACAGGCAUCUUUGUCUUCAUGUUCAGCCUUUUCUUCUGCUGCUACUUUGUCAGCAAGCUCCGGAACCAGGCACGGAGUCAGCGAUAUGAGAAGGUGGUGCUGAAAGGUGAUGCCAAGAAGUUACAGAAGUGUGGGAAAACCUGUGCCGUCUGUCUAGAAGACUUCAAGGGAAAGGACCAGCUAGGCAUGCUCCCAUGCCAACAUGCCUUUCACCGGAAAUGCCUGGUGAAGUGGCUAGAAGUACGCUGCGUCUGCCCGAUGUGCAACAAGCCCAUUGCUGGACCCUCAGAGCCCAAUCAGGGCAUUGGGAUCAUGCUGGAGGAACUGGCAUGAGUGCUGCCUGAACAGGAAGACCCAGAGAAGACCCCUUCCCUCGGGAUGCCUGGUCCCCUUACACAGCUACCUUGACUAAGACAAUGGACUGGUGAUCAUCAUGUUCCCCUAGAAGAGGAGGAGGAUGCGGGCCUGGUCUGUGCCAAAGGGUGACUCCAGUGCUACCCUUGCCCCCUCCGUCCACCUCCUGAAGCUACUUUCCCUUUUCAGCACCAAUGGUUUCGCCCAUCAAGACCACUGCAUCCUGGUACCAGACUCUACACCUGACCGAUUCUCUGCUCUCGGGAAAGAAAACACAUGCGUCUCUGGUCAAGAGCACUUCCCCCUAUGAGGUUCCCUUUGGAAGACAAGCCAACAUGACCGCAAAGAAAGGAUGGGAUGGAGUCUGCCUCAUCUGAAACCUCCCUCCUCUUCUCCCUCUUCUCAGAGGAAGGCUUGAAGGGAAGGACAGGCACAUCAGGGAACCAAAUGCCUCUCGUGGAGGUCAGGGAAGCAAGGAGGAGCAGGGCCACAUGCAAGGAAACAGUCAAUGUUUACAUGGGAACUGCUGACACAGGCUGGCUGGCUGGCUCCCAUUGGAGGUGCUAUCCAGUUUCUCUCUUCCUCAGUUACUCUCGGAGCUUUCUAUUGGAUGUUGGGGUUUGAGGGCCUCUCUGGAGCGUGAGCAUGUUUUUCACUCAUUGGUUCCCAGAGUGGUGUGGGGUUUUUCUUCUCCCCUAAAGAAGCAAAAAAAGGACCUUGGGAGGUGGGGGUGGGGCACAGGGUAUCUGGAAGAGCAGAAACCUCCUUUCCCUUUGUAACUAGUAUUUUUAUAUAACACCCUCACCAUCUCAGGUAUGAUACAUGGACUCCCCAGAAUGGAAGGGUCUUGGGGUGGUGGGUGGGCCUUCCAUUCCUCCCCAGAGUGGGUGACAAUGGGCAAAGGGUAUGUAUUUAAAGAGAAUUAAAUUUAAUAACUUUGUCUAACCUUUU